AUUGCAUCAGGGUAGCCUUGAUAUUCCUGUUGUGAAUUUCAUGCAGGGCGACAAUGGAAAGCCAUUCGCAAUCAUUGCUGUGACUGUGAUUGUGAGAAGUACAUUGAAAAGUUUAAAGUUUCAAAAAAUCAAGAAGGAUUCUGAAAGAAUUGUAAAGUCCUCGCCAUGGAGCCUCCGAAGCGUAAGGCUCACAAGAACGCGGUUAUAACAAAUCUUUUACGAGCUAACCCUGCAAAUGUAAUCCCCAUAAAAGUGCCAAAGACUAGGUCGAUGUACACACAAACAGAGGCGAUAAAGGCAAAUAGUUCGGAAGAUGUACUGCGACCCAAGGCCAAAUUGGCUCAGCAGGAGAAGGGGCCGGUACUCAAGGAGGACUCUCCUGCCGGCGAUGGAGAGAAGCGACUCACCAGGAAUAAGGCCUGUCAGACCCAAAAAGUUUCGCUAAAGCGCGGCAAGCCAGAUACGCCGAUAGAUCCACAAAAGGCCACGAUGCUCAAAAGGCGAAAAAUGGCCAUUGACGUGGAUAAAGCUCGUCUCAAGAAGCUUUUAGAUGAGAUUAACAGCGAUCCGCCGCCCAGUUGGCACAAGGCCUCGAUCAUGUGGCUAGAUGUGGACGUCUUGGAGCGUCGCAUCGAGGAAUUUGAGCAGGAGGAAGCCGCCAAGAAAACUGGGACAGCUUAGCAAACGGAAGAGAACAUAAUAAGACGAUCAAAUUCAAUGAUACCUUUAUGACCUACAUAAAUUGUUUAGUUAAGAAAUAGUACUUAAGCAUCAAUAGACAUAUAGCCUUGUUACUAAUGUUAAUUACCAAAAAUAUUAUUAAUAAUUAAUUUUAUAAUAAAAGAAUAUAUGUACAUGAUCAGGAUGAA